GGGGCAGUCCCGCAGCCCAGCGCAGCCCGGCGCGCCGCCGCCCACUCGCCCUGCGCCCGCCGCAGCCCGAACCUGGCCCGGGCCGGGAGCUGAAGGGACAACUGGGAUCGCGAGUUUCAGCCCCGAGCGAGCGCGGGCGCGGCCGCCGCUGGAGGACAACCUGGAGGACAUGGAGGAAAGACCGGCAGAGACCAAGGCCAGUGUGGACAGCUCGGCGACCCCCUCGGUGGCUCAGCUGGCUGGGCGCUUUAGGGAGCAGGCGGCUGCUGUGAAAGAGACACCAGCCAGUAAACCAACAAGAAGGAAACCGCCCUGCUCCCUGCCCCUGUUCCCCCCCAGGGUAGAGCUGGGCCAGAAUGGCGAGCAGAAAUCGCCACCCAAUGCCAGCCACCCUCCUAAAGUCAAGGUGAAGAGCUCACCUCUGAUCGAGAAGCUUCAGGCCAACUUAACCUUUGACCCAGCAGCCCUGCUGCCUGGCGCCUCACCCAAGAGUCCUGGGUUCAAGGCCAUGGUGUCGCCAUUUCACAGCCCACCUUCCACGCCCAGCAGUCCUGGCGUGCGGUCUCGGGGCAGCGAGGCAGAGGAGGUCCCUGUCAGCUUCGACCAGCCUCCUGAAGGCAGCCAUCUGCCCUGUUACAAUAAGGUGCGGACGAGGGGCUCCAUCAAAAGGCGCCCCCCCUCCAGGCGUUUCCGAAGGUCCCAGUCGGACUGUGGGGACCUUGGAGACCUGCGGGUCACCGAUGUGGCUCAAGAGAAUGGCACCAAAGAAGAGAAUGGAGAUGAGGUGUUCCCGUCCAAGAGUAGGGCCCCAGGGUCCCUGCCGGCUAGCGAGGGGGUUGCCAGAGAGGGAGUGGGGGGAUCCCUGGGGCCUGGGGACAGGCCCCCUCUGAGGAGGACACGCAGCGGGCCAGAGAAACAGGAGGAGCAGGACAACGGGGCGGUGGCGGAGGCCCCACAGUGCGAGAAGGCGGAGCAGAAUUCAGGGGCGGCGGUCCCCGCACCACCCCAAGCCUCCAGCCCAGAGGCCGAGAAUGGGCAGGGGAGCCCCAUGGAGGCAAAGCCAGCGGAAGAGGAGACGGAGGGAAAGGGGGAGAAGCCGGGGGCUGCAGAGCCUAAGCCUGGACUGAAGGAUGAGAAGCCAGAAGAGGCAGCUGCAGGGGUGGAGGUCCCCCAGGGCGCCCCUGGAGGAAUGGAAGACAGUGACACCCCCAAGCUGGACAAGGGCCAGGAGAAGCAAGAGGAAGGGGCAGUCCCCGAGCCAGGCUGCAGCCCCGGGACCAGCCAUGCCCUGCAGGAGACCAGCAGCCAGGUCCACAGCGACGGCCCAGCCGUCCCCAACAAAGAGGACGACAGCCUGGGCCAGGACACUAAGAUGUGAAGAACUCCUUGUGCCCAAGGAUGAAGCUGCCGGGGACAUCUCUUCGCCAGUAGCAGCGGUAGCAGCAGCAGGUUGUGUCAGUCUGGUUUCCCCAAAGAUCCAGGGCAGGUUUUUUUUCUCCUCCACACUCUCUGAUCCCUCACAGAUGGAGAUGGAUCUGAGGGCAGUGGACCUGUAUCAGCUUAGUGUGUGUCAAUUGAUGGACUCAGAUUUUAAUAAAAAAAAAAUGGAGAGAGAGAGAAAGAAGAAAAUCUUAUUUAAAACAAUUCACUGUGGUGCCAACACCCCACGGAUUCUGGUCAGCCUGUGGGACCCUAGAUACCAUUCAAUCCUCCCUCUCCAUAUAGGUGACCUCCAAACUGAGCUCUGAUGUAGCUUGUCAGGUUUUGCUUGUGUAGUUAUAGCCUUUUUUUACUGCUCUAAAAUUUGUAUGGUUCUCAAAUAUAAGUCAAAACUGUCAGUGGCCAGAAAAAAAAGAAAGUGAUACUGCUGGAAAUAUCGAUCCUGUAAGGUGCGGAGAUCCUGUAGCAAGAGUCCAGAGACAACCUUCCAGAUCGGUGCAGCUGUGGACUGGCCAGCCGCUGUUGAGAACAUCGGACUAGAAGAGAUAGUUAUGGAAACUACGGGAAAAUGAAGGGUGCUGCCACCACCAGCAGCUGUUCCUGUCCUGACGGAGGACAGGAGACGGCUGAGCUCAGACCCCUCUGCCACCCUGGAGGAGGCUUCAAGAACAUCUGUGGAAGGCAGGGAGAGGGUGGAGGUUUGCUGUUCCACC